AUGGCGCGAAGCAAGAAGGCCACAGUCGCACGUCGGAGCAACCUUACGAAGGCCAAUAGAAGCCGACAGAAAAAAAGUGACAUCGACAUUAACAGUGACAACACCCAAGGCACUGCGACACCCACCACUGGUCCAAGCCACGGCGGGGACGAGUCGCCAGCGUCGCCGCGGCGGCGUCGAUCUGCGGAACUUGAUGACGCGUUUGACGCAUACUUCGAGAGUCUUGAGGACUCGGUGGAGUCUGACCCGGAGUUCUGUCCAGACAUGGUCAGCUGCCAUGACAGUAGCUCAGAGACUGAGGAUUCAGACUCGGAGGAUGGCACUGACCUUGACCAAGACGAGGAUGAGGUGGCCGAGCUUGAGGAUGAAGCUGCCUUGGCUUCCUUCUCAGCAUUCUUGCAGCAGGCGCAGCUUGCUGCAGCCGCUGCCGAAGCGAGAAGAGUUGCUGAUGGUGGCCGGAAGAAGCGGGGCAAAUACUCGGGCAUGUCGGAUCGAGCAAGACGAUGGCGAGCGCAGAAAGGUCGCGAGGCACGAGAGGAGCUUUCAAAGACGAAUCAGCAGUUCAUCACCAAUUGGGUGAAGGCCUUACCAGUGCCGGAUGAUGAUGCAGAGGGCGAAGUAGACUCCGAGUCUGGGUGUGACUCGUGGACAGCCUUUGACAUUGAUGAAGCCUGUAGAAUUAUCUUCGAGAGCAGUACAAAUUUUCAUGACCCAAAGGUCGAAAACCCCAUGUCGAAAGCAACCACUACUACAUCUAGUAGCCUGCCGCUGCACCGAGCCUCAGCCGCCGCGGCGCAGGCUGCUGGUUGCGCGGAAGCUUCUGCGACACCCACGCCGCCUUCAGAUGAUCUACAUACAACACCGGAUUCACACGCGCGAGCGACACUCUCACCUGAACGCAUCCGCGAGCUCCUCGCAUCAAUUUCCGAACCCAAAUCCCCACAUGAAGAGAGGCCUUCCAAUGACGAGUCGGACACUGCAGACGACCCGCUGAAUAAGCUCAGUAUUCAUGAUCUCCCCGCACUGAGACAAGCAGUGGCAAGACUCACCGUGAAAAGCAAGGAUAAGAAGAUUGAUGUCUUCUUUCGCUCACGCAUCACCGCCAUGGUCGGGACACUCAAUCUCUGGCUCGACCCACGGAUGUCGUACACAUGGCGGCAAUCAUCUCUCGGGGUUCAGAAGCCUUCAGAAGCCUUCAGAUUGCUUCAGAUUGCUUCAGAUUUUCAGCCCUCAUGA